UUGCGCGGUAAAAUGGAUAUGAAAUCAAGAAAAUAUGUAUAAUUAAUCUUUAUUUAGCAACAUUGUUAUUAUCAUGAGUCACCAGAUUUCUUUUUCCUCGAUAAAUCCUGAGUUUUCUCUUCGAAUAGUGGUUUGUGAUCAUUACUUAACGAAACCAGUACCAGGGCUUGAUGUUAUUUAUUCAGAUUUUCGAGGAGCUGAUAUUAAACAGGUACCAGUACUAAGGAUAUUUGGACCUGCAACAGAUGGUCAUAAAGCAUGUCUUCACAUCCACGGCGUGUUUCCAUACUUUUAUAUUCCUUGUCCUACAUCUAAUCCUGAGCCUCAAUUCCUGUAUCAAAUAGCAGCAAGCCUAGAUAAGGCAUUAAACAUAGCCUUGAAACAAGCAACAUCAACAACUCAACAUGUUUAUAAAAUAUCGCUGGUCAAGGGAUUGCCAUUCUAUGGAUUCCAUGACAAAGACCACUUAUUAAAAGUAUUUCUGUAUAGUCCCAACUUGAUAAAGCAGGCUGUAGAGUUGUGCAGCAAUGGAGCCAUUUUGGGCCAGACAUUCCAACCCCAUGAGUCCCAUUUGAACUUCACUCUACAAUUUUUCAUUGACUUCAAUCUUUUUGGCAUGAGCAACAUUGACUUGCAAAGGGUUAAAUUUCGAAAAACAGGUAUUUCCCAAGACAGCAACGAGCCUAGAAACAGCUUUGAUGAAGCUACCCUCAAAGCUGAAAGUAUAUGCUUUUAUGAAGCUGACUGUGUGGCUUCACAUAUCAUUAAUAGACAAAGAGUGGGUAAAGGUGAUGGAAUCGAAAAUCCAGGCCUUGAAGAGGUAUGGCAGCAAGAAAAAGAAAGACGAAAGCAGUUGAAUAUGUCAAUGGCAUCCAAAUCUUUAUCCCAGGGAAGAAUUGGGGCUGAAGAAACAGAAUCUCAUCACAAAUAUGAGCAGAUGUUUUUGAUCAAGUUAUCUGGUUCCAUAGACACACCAGUGAUUAUUGAGGCAGACAAAAAGAGGGAAUUGGAACAGGUAUAUUAUCCUGCAGAAAGCCUGGAGGGAUCUCAAUUAUUUGAUGCAGUAGAUGUGAGCAUUCAUUUGCCUGACAAUAAAGGGAGGCUUAGUUUGGGAUUGAGUCAAACAUUUAGAAAAGACUUGGAUGAAACUCUUGCUGAAGAUAUGGAUGAAACAAUUGUUGAUGAGAGUGUAGCUCUAAAUAGCAGUCUCUCUUUACAUUACAGUCAAGUUCUUUUAAACAGUGAAGACUUAGAUUUAGUAGAUAUGCUAAAUGAUAUGGAUGAAAAACCCAUUGAAGAAGAUAGUGUGAUGGGUACUCCUGUAAAUGGUGAUCAAGAAGAAGAUAAUGAAUCUGAUGAUGCUGAAUAUUCCCAGAUCUACAAUGAAGAGACCAUCAUUAUGGAUCCCCAUCAAAGUAAAGAUGGAGAUGAUGAAAAUUCACCUUCAUGGAAUGAUUCCUUCUGGGAAGGAGCAAACAUACCUCAAUUGGAUGGCACAUGUGAUGACGAUCAUGUUAAAAAAGUAAGAAAGAGAAAGAUGAGGUCUCUGAAAUUGGGCUUGUCAAAGCCAAAAAAUAAGAAAAAACCUGCUAUUAGUAAUGCAGAAGAAGAGCUUGAAUCAAAUGUAGAUGUAAGUGAACUUGAUGAAAUAAAUGUAUCCAGAGAUACAAUAGAUAGUAUUUCUAGUUUACAUCUGAAAAGAAAUGUUAAGAUAGAACCACAAAGUGUUAUAGAGAAUGCAACUGACUGUGAUAUUAAAGAAGAUGAUAAUAAUAUGUUAGAUUUAGUUAAUAAAGUUACUGUUAAGCAUGAACUGAAAGCAUCUGAAUUGUAUGACAUUCAAAAUAAGUAUGUUCCUGAUGCUGGCACAUCAAAUGUAAAAUUAAAGGAAGUAUUGUUCAAUAAAUCUAGCCUAAACAUGUCGUGUGAGUCGUCAAUUGAUGAUGACGAUGAAAAGAGAUUAGGCAUAAUGAGCUUUUACGAUACUUCAAAAUUUGAUAUGUCUCUAGAUAAAUCAUUAAAUAAUAGCGAUAUACAAGAUAAAAUUACAGAUAUUAAAAUAUCAUUUAAUAAUAGUAAUGUACCGAAUACAAACAUUCAAGCAACUGAAGAAAAAGAUGAAAGUUUCAACAAAUUAGUUUAUGAAGACAGUCCAUACUGUACCAUAUUGACGCCUAAAAUUCGUCCACCCACAAGAAAAUAUAUUAUCUCUAGUCUAGAGACAUACAAAAUUCCCAAAAUUAGAAAUCCAGUACCUUAUUACUCCGAUCCUAAUGAUGUUGGUGGUAAAGUUGAGAUUGGUCAAAUGAUAUUGAAGUUACAAAGCAAAUGUUCGCGCGAUCAAAAAGCGUUUGAUAAAAUGUUAGACACAACCAGCAUUGAAGAAUGGCGCCAAUUAUUAUUUUUGAAAACGAAUGAAAUGACAGAAGAGUGUUCGAAGCCUGAUGGACUGAAGAAGUUGCUCUCGGGAAACAAGGAAUACGUACUGGAGCCUUAUAAAAAACCACCGACUACUAGUCAAGUGAAAGAAUAUCUCCAAAGAGCAGAUAAGGUAGAGAAAACAAAUGAAAAUCACGAAGAAAUAAGUAAAAUUGUUGAUGAACUUGAUAAUUCCCAAGUUAUUGGUUUAAACGAUGAAAUUGAUAACAGCAUAAGUCUCGAAAGUAACGAAAAAGAUAAAACACAGUCCAGUCUCCAAGUCACAAUGCAACCAGAUGGGUCAUUUCUGUGUUUCGGUACUGGUGACCAUCAGAAAGAGAACACCAUUGAAACUCCUACAGUAGAGGUGGAUUACCUCACGAUUAUGCUAACGGAAGUUCACACAUCGGUAAGAGGUGAACUACAUCCAGACCCAGCUAUCGAUGCAAUUCAAGCUAUAUUUGUAAUCGUCACAAACGACUGCCCACCAAACAGUUGGCUCACAAAAACAAUUAAAGAAAUACUUGUCAUUGACGAUACUGAUCACACAAAAUUCUUAGAUAGAUGCGUAUUUAAUGUUCCAGUAACUUAUGUAAAUAAUGAAAAUGAAAUGAUAGAAAAACUAAUUGAUUUAGUGAAGAAGCAUGAUCCAGAUAUAAUGUGUGGUUAUGAAAUAGAGAUGAAUUCCUGGGGGUAUAUUCUUGAGAGAGCUCAGUUGCUAGGCAUGGAAAUUGUGAAAGAGAUAUCGAGGAUUACAGAAAAGUAUAGGCAGAAGCGAUGGAGAAGUGAGGACAAUGAGUUGGAAGGGCGAGUUAUAGGCAGGGUUACUUUUAACGUUUGGCGCCUUUUUCGCCACGAGUUGGCGCUUUCCAGCUACAGUUUUGAGAACUGUAUGUACGAAGUUUUAAAAGAGAGGGUGCCAAAGUACACGUUUGCGCAGCUUGCGAAGUGGUGGGCUCAUGAGUCGAGGAUGUUGAGAUGGAUAACAGUUGAAUAUUACAUGACGCGACUGACUGGAACUGUUCGGAUGUUGGAGAAACUGGACAUAAUAAAUCGGACAUCGGAACUGGCAAGACUUUUCGGUCUUCAAUGGUGGGAGGUAUUAUCUCGCGGUUCGCAGUUUCGUGUGGAAUCUCUGAUGCUGCGGGCCGCAAGACCUCUCAACCUCAUUGCUCUAUCACCCACAGUACGCCAGAGAGCAGCUAUGCGCGCCCCAGAAUGCCUUCCAUUAAUAUUUGAACCAGAAUCGCGUUUCUACUCUGAUCCAGUGAUCGUCUUGGACUUCCAAAGUUUAUAUCCAUCAAUGAUGAUAGCAUACAACUAUUGCUUCUCCACUUGCAUUGGACGCGUACAGAAUAUUAAUGGUGAUGCAGCUUACGAAUUUGGAGCCUGGCGACUGCGGAUACCCAAAGCAAAGUUGGAGGCUCUUGUCAAGAAUGGUCUAGUACACUGGUCGUCAGUAGGCGUAGGGUUUGUCAAGCCGUCUGUCCGGCGAGGCGUGUUGCCCGCUUUGUUGAGGAGGAUUCUGGCUGCAAGGCAGGCUGUGAAAAAGAGCAUGAAGCAACAAACUGAUGAAGCUGUUAAAAAAGCGAUGCAUUCCAGACAGUUGGGUCUAAAGCUAAUAGCAAACGUGACGUACGGAUACACAGCCGCUAACUUUAGCGGACGAAUGCCGUGCGUAGAAGUGGGAGACAGCGUAGUCGCGAAAGGGCGCGAAACGCUGCAGAGAGCCAUCAAACUUGUGCAGAAUAACUCCAAUUGGAACGCUAAGGUGGUAUACGGUGAUACCGAUUCCAUGUUCGUGGUGGUCCCUGGCGGCACUAGAGCCGAGGCUUUCGCGAUAGGACAACAGAUCGCCGACGCGGUAACUGCGGAUAAUCCAUCCCCUGUCGCGCUUAAGUUAGAAAAGGUAUACCAACCAUGUAUCUUGCAAACUAAGAAGCGUUACGUAGGCUACAUGUAUGAAAGCCCCGAACAGGAGAAGCCUAUCUAUGAAGCUAAAGGCAUUGAAACGGUGCGGAGAGACGGUUGUCCUGCAGGAGUCAAGCUUCUCCAACGCUCGUUGUGCGAGCUAUUUGAAACUGGAGACAUGUCGCGCGUCAAACGACUGGUCACUUCCACUCUGGCCAAACUAAUUGAUGGCUCGAUGCCUCUGCCCGAAUUGUUCUUUACGCGGGAGUACCAUGGACCUACUGGCUACCGGCCCGGGGCAGUCGCUCCACCUAAUGAGAUUGCUAAGCGUAUUGCUUCUCGCGACAGACGCGCCGUCCCCCGCACAGGAGAACGCGUCUUCUGGCUCGUUAGCGGAGGAACCCCUGGGACUCCACUAGUGCGCCUGGCGAGGACUCCAAGCGAGAUAGCGAAGGCACCAGUAGAACCACACAUCUCGUACUACGCUGCACGCGUUUUACUACCGCCGUUGCAUCGAUGUCUGUCGUUACUUGGGGCUGAUGUUUUUCAUUGGUGGCGGGAACUAGGCCACACUCGCGCGGCGUCAGCUCGCAGCGCUUGCGGCGGCAUCGCCCGCUACAUGUGGCGCGUGCGAUGUGCGCGCUGCGGCGCAUCCGCUCCUGCCGCUCUGUGCGUGCGCUGUGCAAGCGCCACCGGGCUCGCUGCUACACUGCAUGCAGCAGUGACGAGACAACAAUACUGCUAUACUAUAUGCCGUUCAUGCUGUGGCCAUGGUCAGUCUGAUCAGUGUGAGAAUACAGAGUGCCCUCUGUUCUGGCGGCGACUCACCGCCAACCACAAACUAAAUGAGGAGCGCGACAUCGCAGCCAAUCUACCGCCAGAUUUCCUCGCCGAGAAAUUAGAUUUUUAAACAAUCAU